AUGUCGUCAAGGAGCACAGAAAACAAAGAUGACGAUCAGCGUGGCUCCAUGGUUCAAAGUCGUCUCGGUGCAGCAUGUAAGAUCAAUAGUAUGAUGGUAGUUUGGGGUAGCCUCGACUCAAAAAAGGGGAGGGUUGAUCCGGGGAUUGUCACACGCCUGCAGCCGUCUCAUUCCUUGUCUCCGGUUCUCGGCGCAAUCUGCAGAGUCGGCUUCCCCCAAGGUUUCCAGUCCUGCCCGACUCUGUCAGUAGUUCCAGCGAGGCGGUGUCGGGGUGGCAAGGGACCCGUUCGACGUACGGGGGAUCAACUGCGGGGGAUCCCGGGGGUUUUCGACCGCCAGCCUGGUAACCCCCGUCCUCGUCCAGAUGGGCCCUGGGGAAAUCGCAAGCCAAUUGUGGCCAGCGGAUUAGAACUCAUCAGAGCCAUCGGGAAGGCCGGGACGGCUAGGUCUCAGGACCGCCUAGAUUUUGUGGCUCCGAAAGACUUCCGAAUGGGCAAUCCGAUCUGGGGGAACACGGAAUUUCGAAGGAUCUCCCCUGCGAGUUUUGUCCGAGAGAAUCGCGAGCAUGCUGAACCAUGGAUGAUAUGCGCCCCACGCCAAUCCACAUCGGCGUCCGCUGUAACUGGUCUCGAUGGCAAGGUAAGGAGCUGGGGUACCUCCCCCACGGCGCUGCUGCAGGGUCCGCUGGCGUUCAGAUGUUGCCUAGUCCGUCCAAUAUCACUGCCGUCAUGCGCAUCCGAGUUAACUCAUGUUGUUACCCUGGUACAAGUGGACACUAUAGAUACAUCGAGGAAGAUGCUCUCGAACAAGAUCAAUGCCCUGCUUGCAGCGAUCUGGAUGGCUGAUGGAGAGCGGUGCUUCCUUGGUUGCCCCGCGCGAGGCAUUGGCACAAACUGGUAA